UUCUACGCCAGCUCAACAAAUCGCGUAACAAAGAAAAAGUUAAUAAUUUUUUCAAAUAACAAUAAUCUUACUUUGUGAAUCACCGGCAUAUGAUGCUGUUUGUACGCAGUAAUCGCCGUUAACGGUAACCUCGGAAAUCCUACAAGACGUUGACGAAAAUAUUAUGCGCCACAGCAACGAUAGCGUAUACAGUAAAUAGUGUUUACUCGUAAAAUCAUGUGCAAUAUUAUAAUACGACGUAGUGUCCUCGCGUAUUACACAAACGAACGAAUAUUAUGGCGAUGAUGAUUUGACGGCGACUCGAAGUAUUAGCAACGCGCUGCAGUUAUACGUCGACAAAGUCGUCACCCGCGAGUUUGUACUGUCUGUGAACCUCCGCCUGCAACGGGCUGCGUUAUCGUCAAAAUAUAAUAUUAUUAUUUAUUAUGGAACACUUGUGUCCGCAAAUCGAACAGUUGGUUAGGUGCUUCACUUGCGGUUCGCAGACGUUGCCGCCGUACACGUUGUGCGUGCAGGCGCACGUGGGCUGCCCGACUUGCAUCGAGUACAUGUCGACGUGCGCUUGCGGUCGCCGUUUCCUCCAGAUGUCCAACGCGACGUUCGACUGGACCAUGUCCGCUUUGAAGUUUCGGUGCAAGUACAGGGCCAACGACGUCGACGGAGGCGGAAGUCCGGUCUCGUCCGCUCCGGGACGACCGGUCGACUGCGCGGACGGGUGGUACACGGUCCAGGAACUUCGCGAUCACUACCUGACGGGUUGCUCGAGGAACUCGUUCGCGUGCCCGGUGCAGGGCUGUGGUCUCGUGGCCCGCAUCGAGACCGUAACCGACCAUUACGAAACGGCGCACGGCCCGUUCGAGUCGCUCAGCCCUACCUGCAGCCUGCUGGUGCCGAAAUGCGUCGUGUUCAGAUUAUUGUAUAAUAAGUAUAAGAAGGAAACACAAAUCAUUAAAAAGAUUUUCAACGGUUAUUUCAUGUUCAGCGUGAAGCCGUAUUGUCGCAAGCUCCGGGACAUCAAUUCGCUACUGUCAAUACAAAACAUCAAUCCUUCGGACUCGCUCCAGUACACGUACAACACAUUAUGGCUGGAUUCGAACCGGAAAACGAUUGUGGUCACCGUAACACUGUUAGAGGCGUACAAAUGGGAUGAACGUUGUAGCUAAUUCUUAAACGCGCACAGCACAAUAUAUUUUAAACGAUAUGACGUACUGUAUUUACAUGUUAUAACUGCAAAUACCACGCAAUAAUCGUCAUCAUAAUAAUUAAGAAUCAAUGACUUUAUUGCAUUCGCUAUUUUUAUUUUUUUAAUUGCCGUACGAGUAAAUAAAAAACAUGUUUCAAAGGAGACGAUAAUAUGGUUUUAAUUAAAAAUGUUUUAUUGUAAUUUA